UGGCGGGUGGGGGCUUAGGGUGGGAAGGGGCGUGUGCCAGCUCACGCGCGCUCCCGGGAAGAAGAGGUCUAAAAGCAAAGGACGAGAGGCCCCAGUUUUUCGGAAGGAAAUAUCUGGGGUGUUUGCGAGAGGCUGGAGCCGGACAGUGCCGAGCCGAGGGAGAGGGCACCAUGGCCGCUCUCCUGCUGCUGCCCCUGCUUCUGUUGCUGCCGCUGCUCCUGCUGAAGCUACACCUCUGGCCACAGCUGCGCUGGCUCGCGGCAGAUUUGGCCUUCACCGUGCGCGCCCUACGCUGCAGACGGGCUGUUCGAGCUCGCGCCCUCGCCGCGGCUGCCGCCGAUCCCAAAAGUCCCGAGGGGGGCUGCAGCCUGGCUUGGCGUCUCGCACAGUUGGCCCGGGAGCGCCCCGCGCACACCUUUCUCAUUCACGGCGCGCGGCGCUUUAGCUACGCGGAGGCGGAGCGCGAUAGUAACCGGGCUGCACGCGCCUUCCUGCGCGCGUGGGGCUGGGAUGGGGGACCCGGGGGCUGCGGCGGCGCAGAGAGCUCCAGGGAAGGCGAACCGACGGCGCAGGGAGCGCGAGGCGCAGCCGGAAGCGGAGCGGCUCUUGCUGGGCGUGAAGGGGCCUGGACAUCCGAAGUUGGAGGAUCUGUGGCCCCUCUGGAGCCCGGGGCGACCGUGGCGCUGCUCCUCCCCUCCAGCCCAGAGUUCCUGUGGCUCUGGUUCGGUCUGGCCAAGGCCGGCCUGCGCGCCGCCUUUGUGCCCACCGCCCUGCGCCGGGGCCCCCUACUGCACUGCCUCCGCAGCUGCGACGCGCGCGCGCUGGUGCUGGCGCCGGAGUUCCUGGAGUCCCUGGAACCUGACCUGCCGGCCCUGAGAGCCAUGGGGCUCCGCCUUUGGGCCGCAGGCCCUGUAACGCCGCCUGCUGGGAUCAGCGAUUUGCUGGCUGCGGCCUCAACGGAAGUGGAUGGGCCAGUGCCCGGGUACCUAUCGGCCCCCCAGAACAUAACGGACACGUGCCUGUACAUCUUCACCUCGGGCACCACGGGCCUCCCCAAGGCUGCCCGGGUCAGUCAUCUGAAGAUCCUGCAAUGCCAGGGCUUCUACCAGCUGUGCUGUGUCCACCAGGAGGAUGUGAUCUACUUGGCCCUCCCGCUCUACCACAUGUCUGGCUCCCUGUUGGGCAUCGUGGGCUGCCUGGGCAUUGGGGCCACAGUGGUGCUGAAAUCCAAGUUCUCGGCUGGUCAGUUCUGGGAGGACUGCCAGCAGCACAGGGUGACAGUGUUCCAGUACAUCGGGGAGUUGUGCCGAUACCUUGUCAACCAGCCCCCGACCAAGGCCGAGCACGGCCAUAAGGUCCGCCUGGCAGUGGGCAGUGGGCUGCGCCCAGACACCUGGGAGCGUUUUGUGCGGCGCUUCGGGCCCCUACAGGUGCUAGAGACGUAUGGAAUAACAGAGGGCAACGUGGCCACUUUCAACUACACAGGACAGCGGGGUGCCGUAGGACGUGCCUCCUGGCUUUACAAGCGCCUCUUCCCCUUCUCUUUGAUUCGCUACGAUGUCACCACAGGGGAGCCAGUUCGGGAUGCCUGGGGGCACUGUGUGGCCACAUCUCCUGGUGAGCCAGGGCUGCUGGUGGCCCCAGUGAGCCAGCAGUCCCCAUUCUUGGGCUACGCUGGGGGCCCAGAGCUGACCCUGGGAAAGCUGCUGAAGGAUGUCUUCCAGCCUGGGGAUGUUUUCUUCAACACUGGAGACCUGUUAGUCUGUGAUGACCAAGGCUUUCUUCGCUUCCAUGACCGUACUGGAGAUACUUUCAGAUGGAAGGGGGAAAAUGUGGCCACAACCGAGGUGGCAGAGGUCUUAGAGGCCCUCGAUUUUCUUCUGGAGGUUAACGUCUAUGGAGUCACUGUGCCAGGGCAUGAAGGAAGGGCUGGGAUGGUAGCCCUGGUGCUGCGUCCGCCCCACUCUUUGGACCUUGUGCGGCUCUAUAUCCAGGUUUCUGAGAACUUGCCGCCUUAUGCCCGGCCUCGAUUCCUAAGACUCCAGGAGUCUUUGGCCACCACAGAGACCUUCAAACAGCAGAAGGUCCGCAUGGCAAGUGAGGGCUUUGACCCGAGCUUACUGCCCGACCCACUCUACAUUCUGGACCAGGCUGCGGGUGCCUACCUGCCCCUCACAGCUGCCCGGCACAGUGCCCUACUGUCUGGGGACCUUCGCAUCUGAGAGCCCCUCAUGUCCGAGGGGCCUGAGGGGAGGGGUCUAGUGGGAUGGGGGGCAUUGCAGGUGACCUGGUGCUGUCAGGGAUCUUUUCUAUACCAGAUUUGUAAUUGUUUUUCGUAAUAAAUGGGGCCAGAGCCUCUCCGACUCAGCCCAUCCGAUCUACAGUGUCUGUCUUGUGUCUGUCUGUUGACCUGCUUUUCCCUGUGCAGGUUCCCCUGGCAGGGAGCCACAGGCCCUGCGUUCCUGCCGUGACUAUGUGGGCAGAGUGCAGUAUCUGGAUCUGGGUGUUUUUCCUCUCAGAUGAUCCCAUCAGACCCUUGUCCUCAAAAACCCCUGGUGACUGCUGUCUGUGCACGUGUGUCCUGUCCCAGUUUUACCCCUAAGUGCAGGGCCACUGCUGCUCGGUCUGGGGAGCUGGGCCCGAAGCUGCCUCUGAGGACCCCAGGGGUUGUCUCAAGUGGCUGAGGUGGACAGAAGCACACAGAACGUAGCCCCUGUGGCAGCCAUCACUUCUCCACAGAAUCAGGUGUGGUCAGGGCUUGGGAAGAGUCUCAACCAGGCAAAACACAUGUUUGACUUGGGCGGGGGGAAAGGGUGUUCUAGACCUUCUACCCCCUCACAGCUCUCUGAUAAGCCAGUCGGGGUGGGGGGAAAGUGGGGCAGAAGUAGCAGCAGGUGGGGGCCCCUCAGGUUCUGGGUGGGGAAAGUUUGAAGUCCCUCUUUAGAGUAAGACUUAUAGUAUAUGUGAAGAGUUGGAAGAAGGGAUGGUGGGAAACAAAUGGUGAAGAAAAAAAAAAAAGUCUCCUGAAUGAGGAGUCAAAAAAGUUCACCAUCUAAAAGCUUGAAAUGAUGAAGCUGCCUGUUUCUUUCUCUUGGGGCCUAAAGUUCUCCUCUAUUUUGAGCUAUAAACUAAACCCAUUGCCGACGAGUCGAUUGCGACUCAUAGCAACCCCAUACGACAGAGUAGAGCUACCCUAUAGGGUUUUCAAGAAGCAGGUGGUGGAUUCAAAUUGCCGAUCUUUGGGCUAGCAGCUGAGCUCUUAACCACUGCACCACCAUAAGUCGGAAUCGACUGAACGGCAGCAGGUUUUUUAUUUUGAGCUAUGGGUCCCUCAAAAUAUUCUUUGGUGAGUGGCAUCUGGGGUCUUAAAAGCUUUUGAGCAGCCAUCUAAGAUGUGUCAACUGGUCCCAUCCCAUGUGGAGCAAAGGAGAAUGAAGAACAAGCAAUGACACAAGGAAAAUAUUAGCCCAAGAAACUAAAGGACCACAUGAACCAGACUCCACCAGCCUGAGACUGGAAGAACUAGAUGGUGCCCAGCUCCCACCAAUGAUGGCCCCAACAGGGAACACAACAGAGUCCCAGACAGAGCAGGAGAAAAGUGUGGAGCAGAACUCAGAUUAAAAAGUAAAAAGACCAGAUGUAAUGGUCUCACAGAGACUGGAGGAACCUCCAAAACUAUGGCUCCUGGACACACUGUUAACCCACAACAGAAACCAUUCCGGAAGCCCACUCUUCAGAUAAAGAUUAGCUAGGACCAUAAAACAAAAAAUAAUACGCACGAGGAAUGUGCUUCUUAGUUCAAUCAGAUACUUGAGACCAAAUGGGCAGCUCUUGUCCUGAGGCAGGAUGAGAAGGCAGGAAGGGACAGGAACUGGUCAAAUGGACACAGGGAGCCCAGCGGGGAAAAGGGUAGUGUGUUGUGACAUUGUGGGGCUUGCAACUAUGUCACAAAACAGUAUGUGUAUAAAUUAUUUUUUUAUGAGAAAUUAACUUGAGCUGUAAACUUUCACCUAAAGCACAAUUAAAAAAAAAAAAAAUCUGCUUUCCCUUGGGUUAUCUUUCUCCUUCUAACCCCUCUCCCUAACAUGGGAAAUGAGGGGACACACCCCAACA